AUGGGUUGUGAGAGAGGAGGAAACUACAAAAAGAAGAAUUAUUCUGAUGGAAGUUAUAGUAUGAAAGUUAAAUGUCCAUUUAUGUUGAGAUCUGUGCCAAGUGGUAGCAGUUUGAAGGUUAAGGUUAGGUGUGGGUUUCACAAUCAUAUACUAGUUAAGGACUUAUAUGGCCAUGGCGUAUUAGGUCGUUUAAAAGAGAAUGAAAGACAGUUUGUGAAUGACAUGAUCAAAUACAAUAUGGUUCCCAGAUACAUAAUAGCUGCUUUGAAAUAUAGAGAUCCAAAAAACUUAACGAGCGUUAUCCAGGUGUAUAUUGCAAGAUAUACAUACAAGACGAACAAGAGAGUGAAAUUGUUGAUUAUGUUUCAUUUGGUGUUGAUUUUUGAUUGUACAUACAAAACAAACAGGUACCUGCUACCGCUACUUGACAUUGUUGGUGUUACAUCCACAAAGUUGACGUUUUCGGUUGGAUUUUCCUACAUGGAACAUAAAAGGAAGAGAAACUUCACGUGGGCACUAGACAAGUUGAAAACUUUAUUCGCUUUUGAGUGUUGUUACAUUGAUGAAAUUAUUGAUGUGGAUAAAUAUGGAAAUUGCGGUUUAUGUGCUAUUGUAGCUUUACUUGGAUGGGGAAAAGAGGCUUGGCUUUUGGUUAGAAUGUAG